AUGCGCGCCUCCAUUCUCUCGCUCAUCGCCGCGACGUCGGCUGUCACUGCCCAGUCGUCGGCUGUUGUCCCUGCUCCUGUAGUCAGCGGUAACCCCAAGGGCGUCUCCUACGUUGCCACGCUGCCUGAGCAAACCAAGUACACCGUCCGCGGCUCUGUCGCUGCUGUGUCUGUGGAGGAUGGCAACGGCGUCAAGUUCACCGUCUCCAUCUCCGGUCUGCCCGCUGAGGGCGGCCCCUUCAUGUACCACCUGCACGAGAAGCCCGUCCCUUCUGAUGGCAACUGCACCGGCACUGGCGCUCACCUCGACCCCUACAAGCGCGGUGAGGUUCCGAUCUGUGAUUCCAGCAAGCCCGAGACCUGCCAGACUGGUGACUUGAGCGGCAAGUUCGGCAAUAUGACUGCGCAGGAGUGGUCGCAAGAAUACGUCGAUCUCUACUCAGCUACUCGACCUGACAGCAACGCCUACUUUGGCAAUCUGUCUGUCGUCGUCCACUUGUCCAACAAGACCCGCAUUGCCUGCGCCAACUUCACCCAGCUCUCCGCUGGUGAGGAGUCCGGCUAUCCUGUCUCGAGCAUCAACCUGAGCACCAGUGUCUCCUCCGGCUACGCUCUUCCAACUGGCAGCGGAGGUUACAACAGCAGUGCUCCGGCCACACCCACUGGCACGGCGUCCGCCACUACAGCUGUCCCCAUCUCGCCCAGCUCCGCCUCUUCGUCCGCUCCUGUGGAGUUCACCAACGCAGCGACUAAGUUCGCCAGCGGUGCUGCUGGUGCCGUCGUCGCCGCCGCAGCGGUUCUGUUGCUCUAA